CAUGUUUGGGGAUCGCUCUGUGCCCUGCUUACAAGUAGUUCCUCGAGCUCGUAAAAGUAGUUCUAGAAGUCCCUAACUCUUGGUUUCAAGUCACAAGCCAGCCUGGCCUAGAAAAAGGAUGACCCCAGCACCAGGACAAAUAAGAUCAGCGAGAAAGACCACCCCACACCGAGCAGCCCACCUGGCGUUUCCGUCCCCGGGAAGUGGGUAACAGGGCUGGAAAGAAGGCACCCCAACACUGACUGGGAUCCUGCAGCUGGCAAGGUCUAGACUCUCAUCCCAUCUCUAUGUAAGGAAAGCGAGCAGCUGAGCCCAGAGGAUCACAGGGAAUCCCAUCACUUCCGAGAUUCUCCAUGGCAGACAAGGGGACCAUCCUUAAGCUCGGCAGGAGCCUGAAAAAUGCAGUCUCUGCCAUCCUCCAGGGAUAUGGGGACGGGCAGGGGCCAGUGACAGACACCAGCGCUGAGCUACACAGACUCUGUGGCUGCCUGGAGCUGCUACUGCAGUUUGAUCGGAAAGAGCAGAGGAGCUUCCUGGGGGCCCGGAAGGAUUACUGGGACUUCCUAUUCACUGCCCUUCGACGGCAACGGGGAUAUACAGAGCAGAUGAGCUUCAUAUGCUCACAGGACAAGCUGAAGACCUCACUAGGAAAAGGCCGUGCCUUUAUCCGACUCUGCCUUGCCCACGGCCAGCUGGCUGAGGCGAUGCAGCUGUGCCUCCUGAACCCAAAACUCACCAGGGAAUGGUAUGGCCCUCGGAGCCCUCUGUUGUGCCCUGAGCUCCGGGAAGACAUCUUGGACUCUCUCUAUGCCCUCAAUGGAGUUGCCUUCGACCUGGACCUGCAGCGGCCAGACCUGGAUGAAGCCUGGCCCAUGUUCUCAGAGUCCAGCCAGACCCGGGAAAGAAGACCCAGGAAACCCAAAGGUUUUCCAGAGGAGGUGAGAUACUCCAGGGGAGAACAGGAGCCAGACCCUGGAGGAACCAGCUGUCUGCAGGAUGCAACCAGAGAAGACCGCCCACCUGACCUGUGUGCCCCCUCGCAGCCAAGCCAUCUUCCCACCUUUCUGGAAGAGAAGAGGGAGGAUUCCAGAAGCCUCUGUUGUCCCCAGAGCACUUGGGAAACAGAAAGGGAAGGAUUUCAGCUAGACCAGAAGGAGGGAGGCCCAAAGCCCAGGAAAUUCCUGGAAAACUCAAGAGCCAGCAUCCAGCAACAGAGGGGCAGGGCAAAGGAUGUUCAAAUGCAGCUGACAGGAAGGAAAGAUGAAGGAAAAGGAAGUCUGUCAGGGACAGAAGGUCAGAGACCAACCGAAGGGAUCCAGAAAAGGGCAGCAGAUUGGGACCUUGGCCAGGGGCUGCUGGCCCCCAGUCUUCAGGGAAGGGAAGAAGAUGCAGAGUUAGGAUACAGGUAUGAGUGGGAUCAGCCUGAUGUUCUCAGGCAAUCCUGGGUCCUGGGAACAAAGAAAAGUUCUCCCAUGGAGAAGCCACAAGAGUGGACAGGAGUGACCAGUGUAACCGUGCAGGAGGAUCGGUCAGAAGUGUCCUUGCAGCAGGAAGUGAUCAAGGUACCUGUCUAUUGUCUCCUCUCUAGCCUGACCUGCAGCCAAGGAUCUACAGAGGUAGCCUGUGGUCAUUCCAGCCCACAGAUCAGUGACCCCGGGUAUGGGCUUCAGCUGGCAGAGGAACAGGCCCAGUGCCAGGCGCAGCUGCGGGCACAGGAAGCAGAACUUCAGGCACUCCAGGAGCAGCUCAGCAGGUGUCAGGAAGAAAGAGCCCUGUUGCAAACGAAGCUGGAGCAGAAACAGCAGGAGGCUGAGAGAAGGGACGCCAUGUAUCAGAAGGAGCUUGAAGGGCAGAGGGACCUGGUCCAGGCCAUGAAAAGGAGGGUGUUGGAACUGAUUCAUGAGAAGGACCUUCAAUGGCAGAGACUUCAGCAGCUGUCUACAGUGGCCCCUGGACACUGCGUGGGCUGCAACAAGGUCUUCAGGCGUCUGUCUCGGCGGUAUCCUUGCAGGCUCUGUGGAGGCCUGGUUUGCCACGCCUGCUCUGCAGACUAUAAGAAGAGAGAGCGUUGCUGCCCAGCCUGUGCCCAGCAGGAAGAAAACCAGGUCACCUGACCAAGAUAGCACAAGGAAACUAAGACCAGCCGCCCC